AAAUGGUAGUACAAGUGAUUCUGACUCCUAAAAUACAACGAGCGAUCGAAACCAUUUUAACUAGUGAAGAAUUAUCAGACAAGUUCAGGGCGGAGAUUGAGAAGUUCACUCCCGUUGAUAGCAAAUAUGACGAGGAGAAUUCGCGGGGUAUCCCGUUUGAGACGGUUAGAAAAUGUCAUCAACACAUGACAAAAGAUUACAAUCCACUAUAUUUACAUGAACUUCUAGAUGAGAGUGAUAUUUAUUUUCCUCCGCUUCCAAAGCCGAAACGGAAUCCAGAACUUGUUGCCAGACUGGAACGAUUGAAAGCUCAGCAAGCAAACCGAGAGUACAAACAAAUGACAAAAGGUGUCGACAACCAGAUAAUUGGAUCACAAAACACGUUUGCUGAGUUUGGUACAGAAUUGAGAUCAGUUAAAAAACAAGUCUUGGCGGUAUUCAAUUCAUUUGUUACAGUAAUUUGUGCAUUUGUAUUCGGUUAUAUGGCUGCAUAUUACACGUAUCAACCAACUGCAUUUUGUAUACUGGUCGGAUUAAUUAUGUCUACAAUAGUUGCUCUGGCCGAUAUUUAUUUCAUUGCCAAGACAGUGAUAUGAUUGGUUGCCAUUGCUACAGUGAAGAAACAGUUUUAGAACUUAUUUAUUGAAUAUUUUGUUUUAAAAAAAUCUAAUAAUUCCUGCCACAUGCAAUUGUAUUUUGAUUUUAUCAAAUCACAGUAAUUGGUUUAUCCAAAAGAGGCCAACUUGUGGCCAAUUGGAUUAUAAAAAUGUAAAAAAAAAUAGCAUUGCCAGAAUAUGCCUGUCAAUUUUCUCAGGUGCAAUAACUGCUUUUUAACUGAUUUUUUUUUUCUCAAAGUUUAUUUCUGACCAACAGACUAAUUUUAAUCAAAAGUUAAAAAAAUUAUCAUAAAACUAAGAUGUUCAUCACAAAUACUUGCAUUCGAUACAAGUCCCACUAUAGU